AUGGCGGCCAAACAUUGCUGUGUGCCAAUGUGCACAAACUAUUUGAAAAAAAACCCUCAAUUGUCCUUCCAUCAUUUUCCGAAAGAUUCCAUUCUUUGUAAAAGAUGGAUUCAGGUUAUUCGUAGAGACGUUGGAGCACAUUUUAAGAUCACGGAUGCUACAUAUGUUUGUUCUCAACACUUUGUAUCUAACGAUUUYCGCUGGACGCCUAACAGAAGGUGUCUUUUACYAGAUGCAAUUCCUAGUGUUUUUGCCUGGUCAAAAACAAGUGCUCCAAGGAAACCUCCUGCCAAACGAAGUUGUAUUGAAGAGAUAUCUGAUGAAGAAAGGGGAAAUGCUAUUGAAAAUGAUAGUGUAGAAACAAGUAUUGAUCAAGACAKGAGAGACCAGGAAGAUGAGCUAGUGAUAAGAGAGCAGGGARAUGAGCUUACAGAAGUACAACAGUUACAAGCAGAGAUAGAAAGACUUAACAAGAGAUUAACUGAAAAAGAAAAAGAAUGUGAAYAUCUUAAACUUGAGCUGAAUAUGUCAGAUGUUGAAAUAGUAAAGGCUAGUGGAAUUUUAGAUUUGCUAGAGCCUGGUGAUUCUGUAAUGGCCGACAAAGGCUUYACCAUAGAAGAUUUACUKAAGAAACAGUCUGUUGAAUUAAACAUCCCACCAUUUUUAAGAGAGGCUAAAACAAAAACUGGUCAAUUUACAGUAGAUGAG